UUUCCUUCGUUUUAUCCACGAACAGAUAGAAACGGGGAUGAACCAUCGACGAAGAGGAUCGCGCGUUUCUCGCCUCCUUGGAUCGUUGGCGACGUUGACGAUAAUAGCAGCAGUGGCAAACGGUGUGGAACCUGGCGAAAAUGCGGCGGCGACGACGACGACGACGGCGACGACCACGUUCACCGACAAUCACGCGAUCGUCGGUCGUGGAAACGCGAUGGAAGCCAGAUCGGAGGGAGAGAUCUCGUUGCCGAUCGAACGGAAGAACGGUAACAACGGUGGCCCGUUCGUUCGAGGAAAGGACAGCUAUCUGGAGGCGUUGAGGCAUUCUCGUACCAGCACGGAUCCUCGCGAGGGUGUGGUCGCGGUAGACGGAGUCGGAACCGGUGCUACGGGAUCGUUUCAGCGAAGAAAAGAAGAUACGCAGGGACCGGUGUACGCGGCGAAAAGAUCCGAAUCGUCGCGAGUCGUCUAUCCUGGAUCGAUCGAUCGGGACUCGUACUCGAUGGUGCCGAGCAACUCGUACACCUUACCGACAAAAUCAGCCGGCGACUUUGCCGGUAUUCGGGGUUCGUACGGGGUCCCACCGCAGUCGCAGCCGCCGCGCGGCACCUACAGACCACCCUACGACGAGUACUCUUCCUACGGGGACUACGGUGGCACGGUCGGUGCCAACUAUUCGCCGCCACAGCAAGGUGAGACCAGAGCGUAUGGAUCGCCGGCUCCGGCCUACGGCGCCACCUACGGCGCCACCUACGGCAGCCCGUACGGUGCGACCGAAUCGAUGCACCUAGGAUUUUCGUCGAUCGGUCUCUCUUGGCCAUGGGGCCUCAAGCUCAACGCCUUCACUCUGGCCAAGAUUCUCCUCAAGUUGGUCAUCUUCAAGAUGAUCGUCAAGUUUAUCGCCGUCAUCUGUCUGUUGCUAUUCAUUCCGAAGCUCGAGAUUAAGAAGAUCAAGAAGAUAAACGUGCAAAACAACAACAACGAGGAGAGCGAUGACGACGACGGCGACGACGACGGCGACGACGAUGGACGUCGUUCGCUGAACGCGAAGUCGAGGGCGUGGAACAGACUGAAUCUUCUGACCGCGAUGGUGGAGGACGCGCUGAAGCAGCACCGGGUCGAGAACGAAACUCGAUCGAACCGCAUCGAGGACUGCGCGACGCUUCCAUGUGAAAUUCGACGCGCCUUCGAACGCGACCGAUCGUGGCCGGAUUACGAGCAAUUGCUGCAAAACUACAUAGCGGAGGAAACGAGAAUCGUUCGAGCAAAGUCUUAGCGUUCGCAGCCGAGGCGAUUCUUCGCGACGAUGGAAAUUUGUUCGCGCGAUCGUCGACUAACUUUUCUUCGCAUUCGUUCGCGUAUUUAUUCGACAGUUGACACUGCGCGUUAGCAUGUACGUGCCGCCUCA